CAACAUCGCUUCACCUCACAUCGAACUCUCGCCACUUCAACCAACCCCUGCCUAUUCUGGUCAAUCGCGUCGAUUUCCAUCCGUUCGUCAUGACCAUGGUCUCACCACUUCAGGCCACAUUGGUGGUGCUGCACUAUGCAUACCCUGCGGUCAUCUUCCUCUACUUUCUUGUUGCCUCCCUCGUCUCUGUCUGCAACGCCCAGACGGGAAAGAAGGACGUUGAGUGCAAGAAAAACCGCCCCAGCCAGAGAACAGUCUGGGUGCUUUCUGCCCUCUCCAUCUUGACGUUUGCGGGCCAGCUGGGUGUCAUCGGUACACAAGCGCUUUUGACGCGAGUGUGGCCCACGGAAGAUGACAUUAUCAUCAGCCACUUGUCGUGCAUUCUGGUUUUUGGUAUCCUGGUCAGUCAGCACAGUGAUGACGAAAAAGCGACCUCGUAUCCCUUCGUGGGGUCCUGGCUGCUCGGCUUUGUCUUCGAAAUCAUCAUCAUUUCCCUGUCUGCCUUUGACGAUGUUUUCGUCGCGUUUCACUCCUUCGACAUUAUCGACAUGGCCUUGGUUUCCACCCGCUGCCUGAUUUUCCUCAUUCUCGCCGGACUUUACUCUUUUCCCGCAACGGACAAGGUGGGAACAGACGAAGAACGCCAAUCCCUCUUGCCCAAAGAUACGACCACUUGCCCUGGAAGUUCGGCCGGUCAGUCUCAAAAUAGCCAGGAGUCUGGGUAUGGGUCGACACUCCAGGCCGAAGAGGAAUCCACUGAAGAGGCCCCAGAAUACAACUGGGAGCGACGCGAGAGGGAGGCUAAAGAGGCCAUGAAGAAGCGUCUCGAGGAGGGCGGAAAUUGGAUUGAAUAUGCGAAGGGGUUCAAGAUACUCUUUCCAUAUGUCUGGCCCGUUGGGAACGUUGGCCUUCAAGUUCGCGCCGCCGCAGUUUGCGUCUGCCUCCUAGCAUCAAACGCCCUUCAUUUGCUCAUCCCCCGCCAGACUGGUAUCAUCAUGGACAGCUUGAGCGGCGACAACACCAGCAACCCAUGGGUAUCUGUCAUCAUUUUCGCGGCUCUUCGCUUAGCAGCCUCCGAAUCAGGCAUUGAGCUUGUCCGUCAGUGGCUUUGGGUCCCUGUCAAAUACUACUCACAUGACGCGCUCACACGAGCCGCGUAUUCCCACAUGAUGCAUCUCUCCGCCGACUUCCACGACUCCAAGAGUUCAUCCGACAUGAUGAUGGCGAUUUAUGGAGGAAGCGCUGUUUCAAACGUUAUUGAGAACGUCUUUCUGUACGCUGUUCCGAUGUUGAUCGACAUGGGUGUGGCUGUUGUCUACCUCUCAAUCACAUUUGGACCCUACGAAGGAUUGAUUACUGUCGCAACAGGCAUCUUUUUUCUUCUCAUUGCCAGUCGACUCGUGGCAAAUUCCAAGGCUGCCAGUCGAAACCGCGUCAACGCCCUGUACGAGGAACACUAUGUCCGACAAUCUGGGUUCCUCGGAUGGCAGACUGUCAGUGCAUUCAAUCAGAUUGGCUACGAAGAUAAUCGACACGCCAACGCCGUCACAAACCGUUGGCUUAGAGAGCAACAAUACGUCCUGGGAUGGUACAUCUCGAUUGGAUUCCAAACCCUCGUUCUUACUUCGGGUCUCCUGGCGAGCGCCUUCCUGGCCGUCUACCGCAUCCGAGUUGGGCAUGCCACAGCUGGUCAAUUUGCAAUGUUGUUGAUGUACUGGGCUCAAUUGACUUCCCCGCUCCAAUUCUUCGCGAAACUGGGCAAGAAUAUCAGUGAUGAUUUCAUCGAUGCCGAACGGCUCUUGGACAUCAUGCGCACCAAGCCAUCGGUCGAGAACCAGAAAGGGGCACGUCCACUCAAGUUUGUCGCCGGCGAAGUGGAGUUUGAUGGCGUCAGCUUCAGCUAUGACAAGCAGAAGGGCAUUAUCAAAGAUGUCAGCUUUCAUGUGCCGGCUGGGCAGACGGUUGCCUUUGUUGGGGCGACUGGUGCAGGAAAAUCGACCCUCAUAAAGCUCUUGGAUCGCUUCUACGACGUUGCUGAUGGCUCUAUCCGUAUCGAUGGGCAGGACAUCCGAGAUGUCGACCUGUUCAGCCUACGUGAUCGAAUCGGAGUCGUCCCACAGAAUCCAAUCCUGUUUGAUGACACAAUCAUGAACAACGUGCGAUAUGGGAGGAUCACCGCGAGCGACGAAGAUGUGUUUGAUGCGUGUAAAGCAGCAUGUAUUCAUGAUAAGAUCAAGGGCUUUACUCACGGUUACAAGACUCGGGUUGGGGAACGUGGAGUAAAACUCUCCGGUGGUGAAUUGCAGCGCAUCGCGAUUGCUCGAGCAAUGCUCAAGAAGCCUGACAUCGUCUUGUUGGAUGAGGCGACAAGCUCAGUUGAUACAGACACCGAGCAACAGAUACAGGUGUCCUUUAAGAGAUUGUGUGAAGGACGAACCACCUUCAUCGUUGCUCAUCGCCUCUCAACUAUCAUGAACGCAGAUCGAAUCAUUGUGGUGGAGAACGGAGAGAUCCUUGAACAAGGCAACCACGACGAGCUGAUCGUUUCGGGAGGGAGAUAUGCCGAUUUGUGGUCGAAACAGGUGUUUAUUAGACCCAACGACGACGACAAAACCACGGAAGCAUCGGCUGGCCAGGCAGGAUUUGUUAAUGACUUAUCCUCGGAGCAGACCAGAACCGAGCUUUCGAAGGUGAAACCGGUACCAUCCGCGAAGGACGAAGGAGGACCCGAGCAGAAUGACGUGGGAGAAUCUUCACAGCAAAAGGUCGACGAAGAAGGAGCGGCGUCAACGCCAAAGCGCACCCAAGAGGUAGACUCUGCCAAAGCGAACUAGUCUUUGGCGAUUCUAACCUCUGGUUGCAGGGAUCCCGCUUGAAUCCCGUUGCCCCGACGUUCACGCCGCGUUCGCCUACCAAGAUCAAACCGGAGACAACCACGGAGAUUUCGACGG